AUGUCGAGCCCUCGAUUCUGGGCGACGCCCGCCAAGUAUAUGCGCUGGGCCGCGCGAGAGCGCCCUGCGUACUUUUGGUCCCUCGUCAUCGGCGUCGUCGGACCCGUCUCGAUCCCCAUUACUUUGAAGAUUCGCGAACUUGUCGGAGACGAGAACGCACCUAAGAUUCCCGUCACAUAUCCAGUUCCUACCGGACCCAGGAAACAAUUAACGGGCUAUGACGACGAGUAA